GUUGACGGUUGGAAGGUUUCGCGUAAGGGUCGGACUCCCAGAUACAAAUGAGAUUGGUAAGUGCGGGUGCUUGUUCACUAAUUUGCCUACCUAUUGAUAUGCGUUCGGAAGCUUGAAUAUGAAAGGUGACAUGUUUCAUGACUUCACGUCGCUGCAUUAUGUUCCAACAAACAUACGCAAAGUCAGGGUCACUUUGAAAGGGAGAGUCAUCUUGCAAUAUCAAGUUGCAAAACUGGCGCUCAAAAGAUAUAGCUUGGUCAAGACGUCGAUCGGGAUGAUGAAAAACACGGCAGGAUCGUGGUCAGCAAGUAGGUGGG